AUGUACGGAAUGUUAUUGGAAAGUGUUCAGCAUUUCGUUCAACUCGAAUACGGCGAAGAUGUGUGGAAAGAAGCGAUGGCAGCGAACGAUUGCAAGAUCACCGUCUUCAAUACGCAUCAAGUUUAUCCGGAUAAUUUGAUGCCGGACCUCGCAAUUGCUCUUUCAGCGAUCACCGGCAAGUCCUACGAUUAUUUUAUGCAAUUUUUCGGACGGUGUUUCGUGCGGUUUUUCAGUAAUUUGGGUUAUGAUGAGCUAAUUAAGGCUACCGGAAGAUAUUUUUGUGACUUUUUAACCUCUGUGGACAACAUUCAUCUCCAAAUGCGCUUCACAUAUCGCAAAAUGAAGUCUCCGAGCAUGCAGCUGACGAGCGUUGACGAAAACGGAGCCAUUUUGAUCUACAGAAGUAGUCGUUCGGGCUUUUCCAAGUACCUCAUGGGACAAUUGUAUGAAAUUGCCAAGACCAUUUACAACUUGAACCUGAAAAUAGAAGUGCUUGAGAGUGAAAAUGACGUUCCUUGCGGCAAAAACGACACAAAUACCUCAAAUACGCCCGUGAAUUCCGACACGAAACAAGUUGUCAUCAAAUAUCGGCUGGAUUUCGACAACAAAGAGUACAUGGAGAAGCACGUUCAUGUCACGGCGCAUCCCUCACAGCUCGAACUCAAGGAAAUUUCCACGGAUUUGCUGCUGAAACUUUUUCCGUUCUCAUUUUUGUUGGAUAAUCAGAUGAAAGUUUGUGGCGCCGGCGAGAAAAUUGUCGAAGCAUGGAGUAUCAACAAUGAUCGCGAUGCACGAGAAAUGAUGGGAGUCACUUUAACAGAUUAUUUUCGCAUCCGAAGACCAAUUGGGAUAAAUUUUGAUUGGGAAACCGUGUUGCAACUCACGACAGUCCUUUUUGAGAUCCAAUUGUUGCGAUUGGCGCCCGGAUGUAGUCAAAAUCUGAAAAGUACGGAUUCAGAACCGAAUUUUGGGGAGUGUGGCAUGCCGAGACGCAAUCGGAGAGGAUCGCAGGGGUUGAGAACGAUUUUGUUGAAAGGCGAGAUGAAGUAUUUGAAGGAUAUUGACGCGUUGAUUUUUCUUUGUAGUCCAUUAAUCAAUAAUAUUGAGGAAUUAGCGGAGAUUGGAUUGUAUUUGAAUGACUUGAACGAUCAUGGAUUGAGUCGAGAAAUGGUUUUUUCCGGAUUUAGUCAUUAUUCACGUCUCGACCUCAUGUGCGAACGCGAAGAACAACGCGCCGAAGAACUCGAAACAUCCCUCAGUCUCGCCGACUCUUGGAAGAAGCAAGGAGACGACUUACUUUACUCCAUGAUUCCCAAAACCAUCGCUGAACGGCUCCAAAAUGGCACAGAUCCCCUCGAAACGUGCCAAACUUUCGAAGAAGUCUCCAUCGUGUUUGCUGAAAUCGAAAUUAAGCGUGCUGGGCGCAACGAUACCGUCACGGGAUACGCCAUGAAAACCGUCAAUGUCUUAAAUAACGUCUUUACAGCAUUCGACGAACUCAUUCGCUCCCCAAUUUCGUACAAAGUAGAGACCGUCGGGAUGGUUUAUAUGGCAGUAAGUGGCGCUCCCGACAUUAAUUCGUUGCACGUGCAACACGCUGCUGACUUGGCGCUGAAUAUGCUGAAGAAAAUUCAUGAUUUGGCGCUUGCGGAUGUCUCGGUAAAGAUUGGAUUUCAUUCGGGACCUGUCGUUGCGGGCAUUGUGGGCUUAAAAGUGCCUCGUUAUUGUCUUUUUGGCGAUUCCGUGAAUACAGCAUCGCGCAUGGAAAGCAGCGGCGCAUCGAACCGAAUUCAAGUUUCAGGUUAUACUGCGGAAAAGUUGCGAAAAUUGAACUAUAAAGUCACUUAUCGAGGAAAAGUCUCCGUCAAAGGAAAAGGUGAAAUGGACACUUAUUGGCUCGACGGAGGGCGCCAAAAUUAA